GGGAGACAGUUAUUUUCUGCACAGCUGUGAAACACACCGACACACAGAUCGAUUCAGAGGCUGGUGGCGGCGGCGCCAGUCGAAGCUACGCCCUCUCACUGUCCUUGCGGUGUGUUGUGCUGUGUCUGUGUUGUGUAAGAGGGAGUUCGAGUUCGCGACCCUCCGAGCCCGCCUCAACGUUCCUCCACGGGGAGAUUGGUGCACUUGUCGUCAGAUCAGAAUGAGCAGCCAAAUCGGCACAGUUCGAUCCUUGCGGGUCAGUGUCGAACCAGCAGAAGUUGAGCUUGACGAAGAUAAUGGCUUAUUGUGGACAUCUUUACAGACUGCUUUCCCAGGAUGCUCUGGAAUGUAUUACCGCGAUGUAAACGCGGAUUGUCGUUGUGCUGUAAAAUUUGACGGAAAGAAAUUUGUUCCACCCGGAGGAGCCUGGAAUGAUCGACAAUAUUACGUUACACUGAGUCAGCGUUGUCAUGCUGGCUCACAAACUUUGACGAAUUACGAAAGUGCUACAAAGCAAUUUGAACGAUCUGUCAUCGCUGUGCAGAAAUUGUUCGGAAGCAAUUUGUUUGAAAUACCGUAUCGAGCACGAAAGGAGGCUGGAAAAAUGACACCGGAUAGUGGAUUAAAUAGCGAGAAACGUCCCAGUAUAACUGAUAAAAUAGAGCCUCUGAAAGCGAUUCAGGAACGGGAACAGCAACUAAACAGGACUGGACGCAAGCUGUCACCAAUCGAGCAACAGUUUGUCGAUCUUGCGAAAAUCUCCACUGGGAAAGAUGUGAUUAUAGACCAGCAACGAGAAGAAAUGCGCAAAACGAGCGAGAAGCUGCUAAACGGAGAAAAGGAGCUGAAACUUCAGCAAGAGAAAUGCUCAGAAAUGGAAGCACGACUGCGUGCUAUGGAUGAGGAGCUCAUUAUGUUGAGAAAACUGAGCACAGAACAGAAUUACCUUGGUGACAAGGUCAAAGAGCUCACGUCAAGAUUGCUUGACAAAGAAUCAGAGCUUGUUCGUACUAAAGAGGAGCUUGAAACGAAGAAUCGAAGAAUCGAGAGUGAGCUGAGGGAAGCGAGAGAGAAAAACUCUUCAUUGGCUCUAAGCCUUGAUGCGCUGAAAGCGAAAGGUGAUGAGUUGUCAGAGCAGCUGCAGUUGGCUUUGGUAUCCAAAGAGGUGCUGUCGAAUGAGCUGGCCCAGCUGAGGCCCUUGGCUAACGCCAUCGAUAUUAAUAACGCCGAUGGUGUGCUGGCCUACCUGGAUGCCUUAGAAAAUGCCAAACGCCAUGAGGUGGCAGCAGCUAAGGCUCAGGCAGCAGCUAAUGAGAUUCAAAGCAAGUACGAGGAGCUUUACGAGCUGCAAACAUCGCUCAUGCAGGAUAACACAAAGUUGCAAACAAGAAACACAGAGCUGGAAGAACGAGUGGCGAAUUUUGAAAAAGAAGUUCAAGUUUUGAAUGACCAGUGGAAAAACAGAAUACAAAAAGAAAAAUCGGAAUGGGAAGAAGCUCACAAGGAAAUCGAAACCGAAUGCAGUUCGAUGAAAAAACAAUUAGUGGAUCUGCAAGAUGUGCUUGCUACCGUAACCCGGGAUGCUACUGAAAAUUCGCGCAGAGCCGCUGAACUACAGCAAUCACGCGAUGAACUCCGACGAACGUUGGAAUCGGCUGAGUACAAAAUGCAGGAGCCGCUAAAGCGUCAGAUUCGGGCGCUUUCCGACGAUCUGCGAGAAUCUGAACUGAAAGUGUCCGAGCUCACCGGCCUUGUUGCCAGCCUUACCGCCGAUGCCCAUAAUAGUCAGCGAGACAUGGGAGAUAUUCUCUAGUAAUUAUUUGAAUAGAUUUCGAACAUGUGCUUCGUUAGGAUGCAUUUUCUUAGUAGAAAAAGUAUCACUACCGGUAGAUAUCAGUGCAGUCUUCACGCAUUUAGUUUUCGGGCAAAGACGUUUUUCUGGUGCAAAACAGCUGUCGAUUGAUGAUCUGAGCUAUCACUUUUCAUAUCUGUUGUCCGUGUAUAUAACCGCAAUAAAUAUAUUUACUUG